UGCAAUAUGCAAUCUCACCCGGAGCAGGCAUUUAAAGCGUCUCAUGGCAAUUAGACGCUCUGCCAUAAUUGCGGCCACAAAUUAUCCAAUCGAGCAGCCUGGUAGCAUUGACCCAGCACCAUCAUUGUUGGCUGAUGGUACAUACAUGACCAGAUCGCGAAGCAAGCCAACAACUGCCAACAGCCAAAGCCAACGGGUUUGCACUUUCUUUCGGCGACCCGACCAGUUUGUUUAUAAAUACAUGGCGCCUCUGGUGGCCAACUGGCAAUCGUCGUCGAGUCUCCACCGGAUUUACUAAGCCCACUUGCCGCUCCCAGCCUCCAGUCUACAGCUCCUAGCUUUUCCGAGUGCGAAAGUAAAAGCGUUUUUCACCGAACUCGUCCAUCCACAUUGGCUCCGCUUGGCGGACGAUCCUCCACUGGCGUCAUAAGCACUUCAUCUCUGGUCCGCACAGGACGUUCGUGUCGGUCAAGUCGAAGUCGAGUUCCAGAUCGGGGUUGAGAUUGAGAUUGAGAGGUGCGUUGGAGUCAAAACUGAGUGAUUUGUGUGUGAUUUAUAUGUGAUUUGUGUGUGCCUAGUGUGCUGUCCAGUUUGGCUGGCCUUAAAACUAAACAGGUUCUCCUGGAACCCGUGGAACAUAUCAAUCCGUGACACACUAACGACUUACCGGCCAUCCUAGAGCAAAGAAAGUGCCGCACCAUACAUUAGCUAAUAGGCAAAGCGGCUAUGUAACCGGUUGCCCAGUUAUUGUGCACUCGCAAAAAGUGUCCUUCAGAUGAGGAGGUAUCUUUAAAUGCAGGUUAUCCUGUUCCUACAAGUCACAAUCAAUAGAAGGGAUAUUAUCACACAAACUUGUAAGGAGUUAUGUAAAAGUGGGACAUCUCUAAACCAGCUUAGUCCAAAUACUUAGAAGGUGCUGCUUUAGUUAAGUGAGAUGGAAGUUGGCAGUGUUUUCGAACUCUUUAAUGCCAUUCAAAUGCAUUUAAAUACUAACUAGCUAACUAUACUGAAAGGCAUAUAGGUGGAAAACAAUGAAUAUCUGAAUCCUACCAACAGAGAUUAUUAUCCCCAUCAAAAACGAAAUUUGUUUUCUUUCAGCACUCGCUGGGCGACACAGGAACCCAUCCCAUAAGCUUAAGCCUGCGGUGAUCACGAGUCUUCCGGUUGUGCGACUUCCUCUCGCCAGCUGCACCAUCGCCAGCUGCUCCAUUGCAUAAGCACCUGAGAUGCCAUCGCUGCUGCACCUCCUGCUCCUGGCGCUGUUUUUGGUGGCCGUGCCGACGCAGGGUCGCAAGAUCAAACGGAAGGAGCCACACUAUCACCAUCACGUCAAUGUGCCGCCGCCACCACCGCCUCCAUCGCCCCAUGGACCGGGUCCAGUGCCCCAGCAAACGGCGGUGAUCGAGCACGAGGUGCCGCCGUACACCUACGAGGCCAUUAACCACGACGAAUUCGAGCCGGCCAAGGUGAAGCUCUCCCACUUCGAAGCCUCCUCCGACUACAUAGUGCACUCGCACAGCGGAGCCGGACUAGGAGGAGGAGGAGGUGGCUACCUCGCCGACAAUGGACUGCGCAGCAUAGCGAAGGGCUCAGCGGAUCAGGCCCUGUCCGCAGUGGCCAGCCAAAAUGCGGCAGGCAAGCAGGCCUCCUACGUGGCCAAGAGUACUCUGGCGCAGGCGGCAGCUCAGGCAGCCGGCACAGCUGUGGCCGUGCUGAAGGGCAAGGAGGUGCUGCUGCAUCGCCUGGAGGAUCAGAGUGUGGAGGCGCACAAGGCCAUGGAGAACGAGCUGACCCAGCUGCAGCAGGCCAAGCGAUCCGCCAAGGCAGCCCAAUAUGCCGCCCAGCAGGCCAUUAACCAUGUCAGCGUCCUCACUGCCGCACUCAACAAUGCGCAAUCCGCAUCGGAGUUGGCCCAAAAGGCGGCAUCCGAGGCGGCUGCCGAGCUGGCCUCCCAAAUCGAUAUGGUGGCCCAGGCCAAGACCAAGCUGGAACACGCUGAAUCGCAGGCUUAUGCAGCUCGACUGGACUACGAGGAAACGCGAGAUGCCGCGGAGAAGGCUACCUUGUCCGCCCAAGAGGCGCACUUGAAUGCCAACGAUGCCGCCUUGCAUGCCAACGUGGAGCUCGCUGAGAAUGUGCAUAUCCACGACAAGAGCGAUCGGAAUGUGCGGGAACCGCCGCGAAACCACAGACAUCAGUAGUGCACUGCCACACGCUAGGCUUUUAAUUCUUAUUUAUUUGUUUUCCUUAAUUAAGGUUUGUUUUGCUGC